ACAAUCGGUACAUGAAAUUGAAAUCGAAGAACCGCAACAAAACACUCCGACAUUCAACACAUUAUGGAUCACCGGCUCUUUCUCCUCCUCUCCUUUUCUCUUCUCGCCGUUGCCUCUUUGGUCGCCGGAGACGACGCCUUCAUCCGUCAGGUGGUCGACGACGGAGUCCAGUCGUUGAAUACGGAGGAGCAUCUGCAUCACUUCGGUGUCUUCAAGCGAAAAUUCGGUAAAUCAUACGCGUCACAGGAAGAACACGAUUACAGGUUCACUGUCUUCAAAACUAACCUCCGCCGCGCAAAGCGUCACCAGAAGCUUGAUCCAUCGGCGGUCCAUGGCGUCACUCAAUUCUCCGACAUGACUCCAUCGGAAUUCCGAAAGCAUCUCGGACUGAGAUCUCGUCUCAGGUUCCCCGCAGACGCCAGCGAGGCUCCCAUCCUUCCGACGAACGAUCUCCCCGAUGAUUUCGAUUGGAGAGAUCAUGGUGCAGUCACCAAUGUGAAGAAUCAGGGUUCGUGUGGGUCAUGCUGGUCGUUUAGUACAACUGGAGCACUCGAAGGUGCUAAUUUCCUUGCUACAGGGAAGCUUGAAAGCCUUAGUGAACAGCAACUUGUUGAUUGUGACCAUGAGUGUGAUCCAGAAGAAAAAGGAUUCAUGUGA